AUGAAAAGUGCUGCACGUGUGCUGCGCCACGCAGCAGUCACAUUCUUCAACAUAGGGAUCAAUGCAUUGGAUGCAUUUUCACACGUGGGAGGUAAUUAUGCACUACGAAAAUGGUUGUGGUAUAAGGCAGGGACACUUGCCCACGGUCAAUUCUCUGAUCCCAUACCCAAGGAUCUUCGAAAGCUUAAAGAACUAAAUAUGUUACAUGGUCCAAUUUCAUCAUGUUAUCACGCCAUAAUCUGUCAUGGUCGUGGAAUUUGGCAUAUAUCAACCAACAUAGGAGAAUAG